UCAACCGCGCUAGGGUCCCCCGCGCACUAGUCUGAUGGAUGGAGCUGGUCCGUGAGGUGCAUCUUUGCCUGCCCUGCCCGGGGGCUGACAUGCCCGCAGGAUGACACCUCUCGCUAGACACGAUACCCCCGUGCCUCUCUCGGUUGUGUUUCCUUCUCUUGUCCCCGGCUCCGUCCUUCUCUGCAGGCGGCUUCUCUUCUGCAGCCACCCCAGCCUCUGCGGGCAAGGGCAGCUCGACAGGGGUACCGGCAGCCCGUGCCCCUCAGGUGCUGCCACCCAGGGGCCCAGCCCCACAGGCCCCUGCGACAUGUUAGCUAUGUGAUGAUGCAGCUCACUAGUGAAUCCCGCAAUCAAUUCAGGCCAAGCAAAGUAGCUGCCAUACUAUAAAAAUGACUGUCCAGCAAAGCAGCUUGUACUUAAAAACAUGUCACAGCUCUACAGCUGGUUUCUCUCCAGAUUUAAUUUGAAUGUGUAGUGUGGCCCUCGGGGGGAGCGAGUCUCUCUGAGCUGGAAAGGGGAAUGACCAAGCUCCUCGCUGUCUGCAUGGGCCCAGGAAGCCUGAGCUGCCUGUGCUGGAAGCCUGCUUAUGGGAACUGAGGCACCAACAAGCAAUAUGCUUUCAUGCUGCCUGAAGUGAAAGAGUCAGGAGAGAUGAUUUAGCCCCCAACAGGGGCCUACACACAGUGGCACAGAAAAAGCUCUAAUGCUUUCCAUCUGUGCCUAAGAAUAGGGCCCCUGGCCCCUCCUUUGCCCUCCCCCCACUGCACACAUGCUCAUACCAUCCUCCUUCAAUCUAUGCUGCUGUCUUUUUUUCCCCCUGUUUUUUUGUACUGGUGCCUAAAUCCAUUUGUUUUCUUCCAGCAGCUUCAGUCAUUGCUUUGGAAUCCCAGCUACGAAACAAGGCUUCAGAGGAGAGAGAGGGAUCUUUGCAGUGCUGCUGCAAUCAUGAAGACAGGCACUGCACUAGUCUUGGCUACCUUCACCUUGCUCUCUUCAGGAAAGAAGUUUCGAUGGUGUACGCUGUCUGAUCUAGAACAAAGGAAGUGCGCUGAGCUGUCUAAGGCUCUCUUGGCUGUCCUGCCUCUUGCUACAAUCAACUCCUUUGCAAGGGUUUCUUGCAUCCGGGCACACAACACUCAUGACUGUAUCAACAAAAUCAGAGCAAAUAAAGCAGAUGCUGCCUCGUUGGAUGCUGGAGAUGUUUACUCUGCUGUGAAGAUGUAUGGCCUGACUGUGGUGGCAAAGGAGAUCUACAAGGAAGGAAGCUGUGUGUUUGCUGUGGCCAUUGCCAGAAAAGGAACUUUGGACAUUCAGAAGCUCAGAGGAGUGCAAAGCUGCCACAAUGGAGCCAGAUGGACAUCAGGCUGGAAUAUCCCACUAGGCUUCCUCCUGGCUAGGAAUGACCUCUUCUGGGAUAAGGAGCAGCCUUUGAGCCAAGCGAUCAGUGGGUAUUUCAAUGCCAGCUGCAUCCCAGGCAUUGGAGUUACCUCCCCUCAGCUCUGUGCUCUUUGCCAAGGCCAGAAAUCUUACGUCAGGGACAAGAACCACUUCUGUGAGACCAGCAGCAAUGAGCCCUUCUAUGACUCUGAAGGAGCCUUCAGGUGUUUGAAGAGUGGGGCUGCAGACGUUGCUUUCCUAGAUCACUUGGAGAUAAUGAAUGCCACAGAGUCAGACCAAGAGGAAUACGAGCUCUUGUGUCCUGAUGGAACCACAGCUGAGCUAAGGGCAUACAGCACCUGUAACCUGGGUCAUGGGCCUGGCCAUGCCAUCAUCAGCCGCCACAACUUCCAGAAGAUUACCAAGAAAUUUCUCACCUUGAUCCAGCACCUCUUUGGGCAGAAAGGAAAGCAAAGGGCCAGGUUUGAGCUUUUCUCUUCAGCGCCAUUCAGGGGCAAGAACCUGCUGUUCCGUGAUGCCACUCAGCACCUGCAGCUCCUUGAGGAUCAAGCAGAGAUUGCCCACAUCCUUGGCUUGGACUACGUAGCCCUCCUGAAGGGACUGGGUCAUGAAGGAAGUUCCCUGGACAACAGUGUGGUGCGCUGGUGCUGUAUUAGCUAUGCUGAGCUCCACAAAUGUGAGGAAUGGGCCCUGAACAUCAAAUCUGACCCUCUGGUUUGUGUCCAAGCAACUUCAAUGACCAACUGCAUUGAGAUGAUCAAGAGUAAUGAGGCUGAUGCGGUUACACUGGAUGCAACACAUGCCUACAUUGCUGGGAAGUGUGGGCUGGUCCCAGUAGCUGUGGAAUGUUAUGGGAAGGAAUGUGGCCCAGGUGCUGGAAGAACAAAGAAGCCAAUCCAUCUUAAGGAUGGAGCACUGUCCCCUAUCUAUGCUAUAGCUGUGGCAAAGAAGAAUGCCAAGCACAUAAAUGUCCAUAACCUGGGGGGACGGCGCUCCUGCCACAGUCACCUGUACAGUCCUGGAGGAUGGCUGCUUCUCUCUAGAUACACAGUAGGAGCUCUGGAGAAUGAUGCUGAGAACUGUGAUAUUAGCUCUGCCUACCAGAGUUACUUUUGGAAGAGCUGCAUGCCAGGAGCAGCUGGGAAUCUGUGCAAAGUCUGCAUUGGAGAUGAUGAAACAGAAACGCCCAGAGCAUCCAGCCGGUGUGCUGCCAACCAUAACGAACGCUACUACGGCAACAUGGGAGCGCUCAGGUGUCUUGUUGGCAAUCCCAGUGGAAAAAGCUUUGGUGAUGUGGCUUUCCUGGAACAUUACAACCUGCUCCAGAAUAUUGAGAAUCUGGACAACACAGGCUGGGCCAAAGGUUAUACACCUAGUGACUUUGAACUCCUGUGUCUGGAUGGAAGGCGUGUUGCAGUCACAGAUUGGGCAGACUGUAACCUUGGUCCUGUUCCUCCUAGUAUAGUCAUGACUCGACCAAUGGCCAUCACUAAGAUCUAUGACUUCUUAAUGAAAUCUCAGGAAAGUCUGGGAACCAGUCUGGAGCCUGAGUUCCAUUUGUUUCAGUCUCAGAAGUAUGGAGAGUGUGAUCUGCUCUUUAAAGAUGCUACUCAAUAUCUUGUUCACAUAAAUCACCUGGAUUAUCAGGAAAUCCUUGGAGAACCUUUCUUUCAGCUAGCAGAAUCUGUAUUUAAUUGCACCCAUGCAGACAUCUUGGACUUCUGCAAACAGGAUAUCUGCACAUCUUCAUCUUAAUAUGAUGCACAUCAGCUCUUCAGGAUGUUCCCAGCCACUGCACAGAUUGAAAUCAAAAGAUGCAAGCCUAACAUCAGCAAAAACAGCGCAAGGAAA